AUGAAAGAGAAACACUGCUACGUUGCGCUUGAUCUGGAAAAGGAGUCUCAGUAUAAUACUGAGAAUGUCUAUGAGCUUCCUGACGGGCAGAUUAUAGAUAUCGGAGCUGAGGCAUUCCAGGCACCGGAAACCCUCUUUCAGCCUACCAUGGUUGGGUUUGAAAACCAUGGCAUUCAUAAGCAGAUGUAUAACUCAAUCUUCGAAUGCGAUACUGACAUGCAGAGCGAUCUUUGUGGAAAUAUUAUUCUAUCUGGGGGUACUUCAAUGUUGCCUGGUCUAGCGGACCGGCUACGCCAGGAACUGACCCGUCUCAGCCCAUCAAAUAUAAAGAUGGCGGUGGUAGAUCCCCCGAAUCGCAAGUACUCGAUCUGGCUUGGAGGUUCUAUGUUAGCAUCACUCUCUACGUUCCAAAAUCUUUGGUGUUCUAAGCAGGAAUAUGAUGAAUCAAGCCCUGGUAUUGUCCAUAGAAAGUGUUUCUAA